AUGGAUAGGAAUUCGUUGGAAUAUAAAAAGAGGGCCUCUGAAAAUAGCCGCCCAUGGUUCAACGUUGGCAUAGUUCACAAUAAACUGCUUGACGAUGAUCUUAACACGUAUAAUAAUGACAAGUUAGAACUAUCUGAUGAUGAUGACUAUCUGGGUGAUAAACGUUCGUUGUUUAGUAGUGUCAUAAAUGAUAAUUCAGGAAUGUCUGUCUCUGAAAAGGAAUCUGGGGCAAGACAACGAAAAAAAAUUAGAAUUAAGAAAACAAGCGAUAAUACUGUUAAUUGUGAUUCAAAUUUAGUUAGUACUGAAGUGUUGCCAGACAGAUUUAAAACGGUAUUCGAUUUCUCUCUCUUCAAUAAAAUGCAAUCAGCAUGCUUCAAUCAGUUGUAUAAUGAAACUGAAAAUUGUGUCAUAUCAGCACCAACAGGUUCAGGCAAAACUGUUUUAUUUGAGCUGGCAAUAUUAAAUUUGGUUAAAAAUAACAACUUUGAAUUAGGAAAUAUUAAGGUAUUAUAUAUAGCACCAACAAAAUCGUUAUGUUAUGAGAAACUAAAAAGUUGGAACUCUAAAUUUGUUGAUUUAAGGAUAGGUAUGCUAACAGGUGAUACUUCUCAAUUAGAAGUUGAAAAUGUAAGAAAAUCAAACGUAAUAAUAACUACACCUGAAAAAUGGGAUCAAUUGACACGGAAAUGGGAGGAUUAUUCGAGGUUAUUUGACUUGAUAAAAUUGAUAUUAGUUGAUGAGAUUCAUAUACUAAAGGAUAACAGAGGUGCAAUAUUGGAAGUAGUGUUGACUCGAAUGAAUUAUAGAUAUCCUGAUAUUAGAAUAGUAGCAGUUAGUGCUACUAUCCCAAAUAUAAACGAUAUUGCAGUUUGGUUAAAAUCCAACGUGAAUCGUCAAAAUCCGGCAUUAGUUCUUGAUUUUGAUGAUAGUUACAGACAAGUUGCAUUAAAAAAAUAUGUAUAUGGGAUAUUCUCUAGCAAUAAAAACGAUUAUCAAAAAGAUGCAUUUUACAACUCAAAGUUGGAUGAAGUAUUUUAUAAUCAUGGCAAAAAAAAACCUAUUUUAAUAUUCUGUCCAACUAGAUCCUCGACCGCUUCAACGGCAAAAUAUAUUGGUCAUGAAUCUCGAUAUAUGGAAGAAAUGUCAGUAAAUAAAAAAUCAGUUAUAUUUGAUGACCACACCCUAAAUGAAUGUUAUAAUAAUGGUGUGUUAUUCCAUCAUGCAGGAUUAUCAUUGGAAGAUAGAAGGUUGGUUGAAGAAACGUAUUUGGACGGAACAAUCAAAAUAUUAUGUUCUACAACAACUUUAGCUGUCGGUAUAAAUUUGCCUGCAUAUCUGGUAAUAAUUAAAGGAACCAAAAUGUGGUCCAUAUCAGGAAACGAUGAAUAUUCCGAGUUAGAUAUUCUUCAAAUGUUAGGUAGAGCUGGAAGACCUCAAUAUGAAAAUGAAGGAUGUGCAGUAAUAUUGACGGAUACCACGAAAAAAGAAAAAUAUAGUAAUUUAAUAAAUGGUUGCGAAAACCUUGAAAGCAGAUUACAUUUAAAUUUAUUAGAACAUUUAUGUGCUGAAAUCUCAUUAAAAACGUGCCAUUCUUUGGAUAGUUUUAUAGAAUGGUUAAAGAGCACUUUUUUCUAUGUAAGAUACCUGAAGGCUCCUGCAAAGUAUCCACAAGUUCACAAGUAUUUUAGGCCCUCAGACAAAAAUUCAGAAUUUCAACUUCAAGAGUUUUGUAAGACGUUACUAAGAAAGCUGGAAGAUAACAAUAUUAUAUUCCAAACUGAUGGUACAUAUGAAUGCACUUCACAUGGAAUUUCGUUGGUGCGACAUUAUGUUAUGUUUGAUACAAUUACAAAAUUUGUGUUUGUAACUUCGAAUUUAAGUCUUUCUGAUGUGUUAUCUUUGCUUUCUAAAGCAGAAGAGUUUAAAGGAAUAAGAUUGAGACAUAACGAGAAAAGAUUGUAUAAAGAAAUAAACUCAUCGCCGUUAACUAAAUUUCCCUUCUUAACCGAGAAUAAACAGGCACAGAUUAUUAGUCAAGGAUUCCAAAAAGUAUCCCUUCUUUUACAAUAUGAAUUUGGUGGAUUAGAAUUUCCAAAAUAUGAAGGAUCGCUGAAAUUACAUCAAAUCUUAGUGCAGGAUAAAAUGAAGGCCCUUAAGGAUAGCUAUCGAAUUAUAAAAUCUAUGAUUGAUAUAUUUAUUUCCAAGAAAGAUGGUAUUUCGUUGAGAAAUGCACUGUUUUUGCUCAGAUGUUUGAAUGGUAACUGUUGGGAUAAUACUCCAAUGACCUUGAGACAAAUUAAAAAUGUCGGAUUAGUAUCAGUUAGAAAACUUCUAAGUCAUGGUAUACAUUCUCUUAAAGAUGUUCUUACACUUUCAGAGAGUCAAGUUGAGUAUUAUUUAAAUUUAAAUCCUGGCGCGGGGACAAAAAUACUUAGAGAUGUCGCAUUAAUACCAAAAAUUGAAUUGGAUGUCCAAGUUGUUGAAAGUUCUAUAAAUAAGGAAAAUAACGGUAUUUAUGCUUGUUUUAGAGUUGAACUUUCAUGUGACUAUAAAACUGCAGUUUGGCAUGGCAAGCGUUUAUCGAUUGAUAUUUUGACAAUAAAACAGGAUGGGUCCUUUCUUGAUUUUCGUAGAAUUGGAAUCGAACAGUUGAAACAUCCAAGAAGCUAUAAACUUGAAUGCAUUUUAAAUACCUCAUGUGAAAAAAUAUCAUUUGCAGCAAAUUGCCAAGAAAUUUCAGGAAUUGGAAAGAUGGUAGAGUUUAAUGGUACUUUAUUGUUUAAAAAUCAUUUCUCAAACAAAAAUAAAAUGACAUUUUUAGAGAAUAUUAUGAAUGAAGUUAAUGAUAGCAAUGAACUGGAUGCCAUUCCAUUAUCUUCAGAUGAUAGCCUUAUAAAUUACUUAGAUACUAGCAAAAACAGAGAAACUGGUAAGGCAUCAAGUCCAAAAAAUACACUCUAUGAGGACACAAAAAAUCCUAGAACAGAAAGAGAAGUGCUCCUUAACGGAAAUUUAGCCUGCCAACACAGUUGCAAAGACAAGAUGACAUGCAGACAUAUAUGUUGUCGAGGUGGUAUUCCUCCUAAUGCUGUGAGAAGAAAAAGAGGUGAUAAGGUACAUACUUUAAAGGUGGAACAAAAUUCAAAUCAAAAUUUAAAUAAUAAAACUGCCCAGAUAGAAAAAGAAAUGUUAACUGAUUAUCUACAAAACCAAUAUCAUUCUAAUGGAACUUUAAUGUCAAACUCUUACCAUUCCCCUGAAAUUAAUAGUAUAAUUCAUGAGAAAUCCCUUCCCUCUGUUGUUACUACGCCUAUAAAGGUGGAACGUACGAUAACAACAAUUUUGUCUACUUCUUCGCCUUCCUCUCCUACUCCAUGUUCUUCUUCUCAAGAGAUGACAGAUGCUUCCAAUAAUGGACUUAAUUUUUUGGGAUCUGAUGUCCAGUUUCAAUAG